AUGGCGAGCGAAGACGAGGAAUUGAAGGUGAUACUGGCAUUUCUGUAUCUAUUUUUCUCCAAUUUUCAAUAUACUAGCUCUGUGGAUGCUAGAGUUUCAUCACUUGAAGCCUGGCUGGUGCCUCUGGGAAUUUUUGGAUAUGUGGGGACUGCUUCAAGCAUCAACCACCAGACAGUGGUGAGUGGGUGCUGUGUUGUCUAUCAGGCACUCUCUCCACGUGGCAUUCAUUCUAUGGAUGUUGACACAACACCACCCAUGUCUCGAGGAAUAGAGGCAUUGUGCAAAGACGAGAACCAAUCAAUGAUAACAUCACCUGAUGGUGAUUCGCUCUGGUCACGUUGGCUCACGAUUAGACAGAAAAGUACAGAUCCAGAGGCAGAUGCAUCGUGCGGCGCCGACAUCAUAACGGUUCGCCGUCGCAAAACGCCGGCGCCGAUAUUUCCGGUUCCAAUGUACAGUGAAGCUAAGUUGGCGUUUUACAUAUACCUGUGGUACCCUAAAACUAAGGGAACUACCUAUGUGUAUGAUUCCUUCUUCAGACCAUAUGUUGCGAAGCAUGAGAGUGACAUAGAUCGCAGCUUGUUGGAACUGAGGACUAGGGCUGGAGAUAUGGCAGUUGUAUAUUGGCAAAGAGCUGCAAGUUAUGGUCAGACAAGAGUUUUUGAUAUUUUGCAGUAUAUUGCUGCACAGUCAACACCAAGGCCUCGCGCUGCUCAGCCACAGCAGCAAGGUGCUAGGGGCCGCCAACCUCCUGCUCCCAGUCGUCAACCUUCUACAAACCGCCAACCGGCUCCUACCCCAGCAGAGACUGAAGAACCUCCAUCUCCCACUUCUAGCACAUCUUCAAGUCAGCACCAAACGGAAGUGGCGGAAGAGACAGAUCCUUCAAAAGUGCUUGAAGCAGCAGUUCCUGCAACAGCUUCAAACCCUCCAAAAGCAAAUGGUGCUGCAUCUGAAGUUUCCAGCCAGCCUCAGCCAACCGAGGAAGAAGCAAUGGAAACUGAAGAAGCGCCAUCAUCUUCAGCAAAUGAAAAUGCACCGUCAUCUUCAGCAAAUGAAAAUGAAAACAAUACACCAAAGGAGACUGUGAUGGAGCAAACAAUGCGGUUAACACGUGGCAGAUUGAGGAAAACCCGUUCUGUAACAAAAAGUUGA